GGCAUAGGAGAGGUGUCGGAGCAGCUGUCACUAGCCAUGGAUUGCAGCAGGCUGAGGAGCCUCAUUAAUAGAUAUUGUGCUGGAGAAGAAAAUUGGGUAGACAAUCGCACUAUUUAUGUUGGCCACAAUGAGCCUCCUCCUGGCACUGAAGCAUACAUUCCUCAGAGGUAUCCAGAUAACAGGAUAGUCUCCUCAAAGUACACAUUUUGGAACUUUGUACCGAAGAAUUUAUUUGAACAGUUCAGAAGAAUAGCAAAUUUUUAUUUUCUUAUUAUUUUCCUUGUACAGCUUAUCAUUGACACCCCAACUAGUCCGAUAACCAGUGGUCUACCACUUUUCUUUGUCAUCACUGUGACUGCAAUUAAACAGGGCUAUGAGGAUUGGUUAAGGCACAAAGCUGACAAUGCAAUGAACCAAUAUUCUGUCCAUGUCAUCCAGCACGGCAAACUCGUCCGAAAACAAAGCCAGAAACUAAGAGUUGGAGACAUUGUAAUGGUAAAAGAAGAUGAAGUUUUUCCAUGUGAUAUGAUCUUGCUUUCCUCCAGUAGAGAGGAUGGGACCUGUUUUGUUACAACAGCAAGUUUGGAUGGAGAAUCCAGCCACAAAACAUAUUUUUCUGUUCAAGACACAAAAGCGUUUCAUCAUGAGCAAGAUAUGGACACUCUGCAUGCUACCAUUGAAUGUGAACAACCUCAGCCUGAUCUUUACAAGUUUGUUGGCCGGAUAAAUGUUUAUAGUGGAACAGAAGACACUACUGCCAGGCCUCUAGGGUCGGAGAACCUGCUGCUUCGUGGGGCCACACUGAAAAACACAGAAAGGGUGUUUGGUGUUGCUAUAUACACUGGAAUGGAAACCAAGAUGGCAUUAAAUUACCAGUCCAAAUCACAGAAAAGAUCUGCUGUUGAAAAGUCAAUGAAUGGCUACCUUAUAGUCUACCUGUGUAUUCUCAUCAGUAAAGCCUUAAUAAAUACUGUGCUAAAAUAUGUAUGGCAGAGUGAGGCUUCCCGUGAUGAGCCUUGGUACAACCAAAAAACAGACUCUGAAAGACAAAGACAUUUGGUAAUCAGAGCAUUCACAGACUUUCUGGCUUUUAUGGUCCUUUUCAACUACAUUAUUCCUGUCUCUAUGUACGUCACAGUGGAAAUGCAGAAAUUCCUGGGCUCCUACUUCCUCACAUGGGAUGAGGAGAUGUUUGAUGAGACAACUGGAGAAGGUCCUCUGGUGAACACCUCAGAUCUGAACGAAGAGCUUGGACAGGUAGAAUAUAUAUUCACAGAUAAGACUGGAACGCUGACAGAGAACAACAUGGAAUUUAUUGAGUGUUGCAUUGAAGGCCAUGUGUACAUACCACAUGUAAUCUGUAAUGGGCAGAUCCUACAUGACUCCUUGGGUAUUGACAUGAUUGAUUCCUCACCUGGACCUGGAGGAAAAGAACGAGAGGAUCUGUUCUUCCGUGCUCUUUGUCUGUGCCACACGGUACAGGUGAAAGAUGAAGACAACACAGAUGGUGAGAGAAAAUCCAGUCAGUCUGGGAAAUCCAGUGUCUACAUUUCCUCCUCACCCGAUGAAGUUGCUCUUGUAGAAGGUAUACAGAGACUUGGCUAUACAUUUCUGCGGCUAAAGGACAAUUACUUAGAGAUUUGUAAUCGAGAAAGUGAAAUUGAAAGAUUUGAACUGCUACACGUUUUAACGUUCGAUUCUGUGAGAAGGCGUAUGAGUGUCAUAGUGAAAUCAUGCACAGGUGAAAUCAUCCUGUUUUGCAAAGGAGCAGAUUCUUCUAUAUUUCCCAGAGUCAGGGAGGGGAAGGUUGACCAAAUCCGAGCCAGAGUUGAGCGAAAUGCUGUGGAAGGUCUGAGGACUUUAUGCGUAGCCUAUAAGAGGUUUACACAAGACGAAUACGAAGAUGUGGAUAAGCUUCUAAAGAGAGCACAGCUGGCUCUACAAGAGAGAGAGAAGAAGCUGGCAGAGGCAUAUGAACAGAUUGAGCAGAACCUCAUCCUACUGGGUGCCACAGCAGUAGAAGACAGGCUCCAGGAAAAAGCAGCAGAUACCAUAGAAUCUUUACAGAAAGCUGGCAUUAAGGUAUGGGUCCUCACAGGAGACAAAAUGGAGACGGCUGCUGCCACCUGUUAUGCCUGCAAACUGUUCAGGAGAACCACACAGCUGCUGGAGCUCACAACAAAGAAGAUCGAGGAACAAAGUUUACAUGAUGUCUUGUUUGAGUUAAGCAAAACAGUCCUAAGGCACAUCGAUAGCUUACCGAGAGACAAUUUCUCAGGGUUUUCAGACGAUUUCCAAGAUUACGGUUUAAUUAUUGAUGGAGCCGCACUUUCAUUAAUAAUGAAACCGAGAGAAGACGGGAGCUCUACAAACUACAGAGAGGUUUUCCUGGAGAUCUGCAGGAACUGCAGUGCUGUUUUGUGUUGCCGGAUGGCCCCUUUGCAGAAAGCACAGAUCGUCAAGCUAAUAAAGACAUCUAAAGAACAUCCAAUUACACUGGCCAUAGGAGAUGGUGCAAAUGAUGUCAGUAUGAUCCUCGAAGCACACGUUGGCAUCGGAGUAAUCGGUAAAGAAGGAAGACAAGCAGCCAGGAACAGUGACUAUGCAAUACCUAAAUUUAAACAUUUAAAGAAGAUGCUUCUGGUUCAUGGUCAUUUUUAUUACGUUAGAAUAGCAGAGCUGGUCCAGUACUUUUUUUAUAAGAAUGUGUGCUUUAUCUUCCCCCAGUUUUUAUACCAGUUCUUCUGUGGAUUUUCCCAGCAGCCUUUAUAUGAUACUGCGUACCUAACACUGUACAAUAUCAGCUUCACUUCGCUGCCUAUACUGUUGUAUAGUCUAAUAGAGCAACAUGUUAGUAUGGAAAUCUUGAAAAGAGAUCCCACGUUAUACAGGGAUAUUGCCAAGAAUGCUCUACUGCGAUGGCGUCUGUUCAUUUACUGGACUUUCCUAGGACUGUUUGAUGCAGUUGUGUUUUUCUUUGGGGCCUACUUCCUGUUUGACAAUGCCACUGUGACUAGCAAUGGACAGAUGCUGGGAAAUUGGACCUUUGGAACACUGGUAUUUACUGUCCUAGUAUUUACGGUUACACUUAAGCUUGCACUGGAUACGCAAUACUGGACGUGGAUCAACCACUUUGUGAUCUGGGGAUCACUUAUAUUCUAUAUUGUCUUUUCUUUGCUUUGGGGAGGGAUUGUCUGGCCUUUUCUAAAUUAUCAGAGGAUGUAUUAUGUAUUUAUGCAAAUGCUGUCCAGUGGUCCUGCAUGGCUGGGCAUUAUAAUCCUCAUUACAGUCAGUCUCCUCCCCGAUGUUCUGAAGAAGAUGAUAUGCAGACAGUUCUGGCCCACGGCCACAGAAAGGAUACAGAAUGCUUCCAGCUUGUCUCACGACCAUGUUUCUGAGUUCACGCCUCUAGCGUCCAUGCAGAGCCCAAACUACCAAAGCAACGAUUUCAACAGUGCUGCAGCCAGCAGGUCUAAUAAUUUUUCUAAAAAAGCGAUUCUUACUCACUGGCAAAGCAAUGAUUAUUUCCACCUUCCAUCCCUUUUUGGCUAUUCCAAUACCCGCUAUAGCUCCAGUACGAGCUCAUACCUCAGCCGGUCAGGGUUGGAAACAUCUGUGUGACAGAUCACCACUGCAGGCCUUUAUGAACUCUCUUAUUUUACUUUAUAAGUUGGGAAAUGCAGCAAAAUGAUUGUUGUAAAUACAAUAGCCUCUUGGAUGCCGACCACCACUGUUAAACAUUAGAAGAGAUUGCUUCUUUCUAGGCCUGGGAGGCUUUUGGUUUAUUUUUUUAACCACUGCAGCAAAGAACAAUCUUCACAGUCUGGUACUGUGUGACUGAGAGCUCUAUAAAUUUUCCUUGUUACCUGUUCAGAGAUUUAGGAGGGUUUAUUAGUCACGUCUGCUUUAGUUGUUUUUAUACUACUGAACUGUGUGCGAAUGAUUUCUAUUAUAUGUUAAAGUGAAAAGGUAGCUGGUGGGUACAACAUAAUCUACUGUCUGACUCAAAAUCUUGUUCUUUUUUUCCUCCUCUUGACGGUACCAAAAGAACGAGCUGCUGUUUCCCCUGUGUUCAUUUCUUUUAAAGAAACUCUGUCUAACAGUCAUAUCAUUGUAAGUUGCCAAAUAUGUUCAUGUAUUAGUCGUGUUCCUCCUCCCAUUAGUUCCUCUCUGGACUACUAUAUGUGCUCAUGUGUUGUGUGGCAUACUAAAAUUGAAGUUGAUUUAUUAGAACUGGAGUGUUGAGUAAAAAGGACUGGUACUUAGUUUUUAUCACAAUAAAACUGGUGUCCAUAGCACAUCCAAGCAAUUUGUUACCUCUAA